AACAUUUUGUUGCAGAAGUAAUAAACACUGUACACUAUUUAGGUAAACAGACCUCUAUGGUCAUUUGAUGGUAACUUUCCAUUAGUUUUUCGGUUGUUAAAUUCAGCAUAAAAUGUAAGUAUCGAUGGCCUGGGCAACAUAUUCAAGUGUCUGAUUUCAGCUAAAAAAUACAUUAUCUGUGCAAUGUGAUCCUGCCUAGAGAUAAUAGCACAUGCCCUACUAUAAAUCAUCCUUAAGCACUUGUUUCUUGAUAACACUGAUAUAAUUAUACACCUUAUAGCCUUAUAGCCUGUACACAAAGAAGCAAGCAGAUGUGGAGAGGUUGACUGAUAUCACGAAGUUAUGUUCAAGGGCAUGCAAAACUGGGUCAAACAAAACAUUCACACCAUCUAGGCCCACUAGUUAGUGUUUGAGUUGAGUUCAAGGUGCAUUCAGGGCUCUUUCAUUAAUAGCUAAAACUUCAAACUUCAACAUUUUACUUUGAGAUAAAACAGAAAACCUCACAUCAUAUCAAAUCUCUUGCAGCCAGAAAAAAAGAUGCACUCUGCUCUUAUAAGCUUAGUAUUUUUUACGCAAUUUAACAGCACCCAAUUGCAUAAGCUACAAGCACUGUGACAACAAACCCAUGUGACACCUAACCCCAUGCAAAACCAUGUAACCAUAUUCUGUGUCCAUUUUGGUGUACAAACCAUGUUUUUCCUGUAGUUACUACCACUACUACUACUUCUAGAAACCUACAUGUCAAAAGAAGUAUAUUUUAAGAGCGUUUCCUGCAUGACAUGACACUUAAGAAUUAAUGUCUGUGUUUUUGUGGGUAAGGUGUUCCUUCCUGCAGUCAGUGUCACCAGUCUGAGUAGAAAGUGGCUCUUUUGAAAACUAUCUACUGAAGGUUUUUUGGGAAAAACGAAAAUGGUUCUUCUUUGGCAUAUCGCUGUGAAAUCCUCCUUCGUAGUUCCUCCUAUUACUUUUAUUUUUAGAAUGUAGUUACAAAAGCUCAUCUACAUUAUGGGAAGAUCUCAUAACGGAAAUGUGUAAGAACAGAGAAUAAGAACAGAACCUGCUACAGAGGAACAGUGUAUGAAACAUGGCAUGAUUUGAAUCAUCAUGAGGUUAUGUAGGGGAUUGAUUUAUGGCACACUCAGUAGAACUGCAUUUUAACUAUAACCUUAGAAAAUGUAGGUCUAUGUGUUUUUAGGAUUAAAAAAAAAAGAUCCUAAAAUACAAUAAAGUUGAAAAAGUUCCCCAAUGUGAAUACUUGGCAACACGAAAUAUAUAGCUUGCUUUUUUAAUUAUUCCGUUUCAUUCGCAUUCGGAAUUUCGGUUGAAAAAGAAAAACGUUUUGGAACGGGAUCUGGCAACCCUGAGAGGAGCCGCGCGCUUCACGCGCACUCGCACGCGCACUCAUGAUCACUCUCAGCUGAGCGAUGCCGGGGAAGAGAAGAAAAGUCGGAAUUAAACGGUUAUAAACGUGAAGGUCAUCAUGUGUGUGAGGAGGGUGAAGGUUUUGGUGGGUUUUGUGAUACUAGGACUGUUAUUAGCUGUUCUCUUUCUUCAUCGGACCCCAAGUGCUCCAACUGUGACACACAGUCAAAAAAGACUAAACUCCACUAUAGAGAAGCUUCUUGAACGUAAUGAACAGUUGAAGAACAGUGACAACAGUAUUCCCUACCACCUCAAAGAAACUACAGCACGCAAAAAUGGAUGUGUUUGUGAAGGAGACGCAUGGCGUAUUAAUGUGCCCUUUAGUAACCUGUUGUUUCCGCACACUGGUGCUGAGGAUUUGCACUCUGCAUUCAGAGCCUCAGAGCUGGAGGAAGUAAAGAAGCGCCGACAGCAUGAGUACAACAACCACCAGAUGAGAUCACAUACAGCAGCAAACCUUCUUAUCGUUGCUGAGGCAAAUACUCCUCUUCAGUACCCCACCCAGGGUGUAGUGGUCCGGCCUAAAAAGUCUACUUUAAUUCUUGGGCUGGGUCUGAAACUUAAGUCACAGAGGGUUUAUUCAGUAAAUUUAACUGCAAGCAUGGGCACGUUUGAUGUAGCAGCCUUGGUGGAAAACGUCCACAUAAACAGGGAAGGAACAAUGCACAUGAAUCUCUCCAGCCCACUUCUAUCUGCGCUUAACAGACAGCUGCAGUUUGUCACAUAUACAAAUACAAUUUUUCAUCCCAAUACUGCAGACAUAGUGCAAUUUGGGACUGAUGGAUUCCAAGCAGCCUUCACCAUUAAAAUCCAACAUGAAAUUACUCCUAAACUCUACGAUCCUGGACCUACUGGACCUAAAGGAGAAUACAACAUAGGUACGCUUGUCACCAUUGCUACAAAAACAUUUCUGCGUUAUGACAAGCUUCAGGAUUUGAUUGACAGCAUUCGACAGUUCUAUCCAACAGUCACGAUAGUUAUAGCUGAUGACAGCGAGCAUCCUAAGCCUGUAACUGGUCCCUACAUAGAGCACUACAUCAUGCCUUUCAAAAAGGGUUGGUUUGCUGGGCGUAAUCUCGCUGUCUCUCAGGUGACCACUAAGUACGUGCUGUGGGUGGAUGAUGACUUCAUCUUCACCUCUAACACAAAGUUGGAGAAAAUGGUGGACGUGUUAGAGCACACCAGUUUAGACCUGGUAGGAGGGGCAGUCAGGGAGGUGACAGGAUACACUGCAACCUACCGCCAUACAAUUUCGACAGAAAAAGGUGAAGAAGAUGGAGACUGUUUACAUAUAAGAAGGGGCUUCUAUCAUGGUCUCGAAGGCUUUCCUAAUUGUGUGGUCACGGAUGCCGUCAUUAACUUCUUCAUGGCGCGUACCGACAAGGUGCGGCAAGUGGGCUUUGACCCUCGCCUGGCACGGGUCGCACACCUAGAGUUUUUUAUUGAUGGCCUUGGUGUUCUUCAAGUAGGUUCCUGUAAUGAUGUUGUAAUCAACCAUGCAUCAAAGAUAAAAGGAAUGUUGCCAUGGGGACAAUCAGAAACUGAUAAAGCCUAUUCUACGUUCCGUUAUGGCAACUACUCGAGCAACCAAAAUGAACUUUUUUACUUCAAGAACCACUUCAAAUGCCUAACUAGUAAUGGUUAACUAUUCAAUGUGCCAUGCCUACUUAGACUUAAUCAUGCCUGAUUGUGCUAUGCCUACUUAGACUUUCUCUUUAGACUUUUCUUAAGACAUCACAUUAUAUGCAAAUUUGAGGACCAAACAUGACCAUGUGAAUAAAUAAAUAAGUAAAUAACCCCUACACCAUAUAGUCUGAAGGAAAGUUUGUCUGCAGAUUUUAAUUUUCAUGUGUCAGUAUGAGCUUGUUUUUUUUCUGUGGCACGUUAAUGAAAGACCACAAAUUUAAGCACUUGAGGAAAACCUUUGGAACUGGUAAGAUUUUGUAACUGUACAUAAAAAUGAAUGUUUUUGAUAUUUCUUACCCUAGGAUUAUGACUUUUUUUAAGGAUUUUACUUUUUUUACAAAUUUUAUAUGAUCUGUGUUGGAUCUUGAGCUUAGAUUAUUGUCUGUGCAGUGUUUCACACGUUCUCCCCGUAUUUCUGAGUCUCCUGUGGGUUCUCCGGUUUGUUCAAAAUCAUGCAGCUGGGUGGAUUUGUUAUGCUAAAUUGUGCCUAGGUGUGAAUGAGUCUGGAUGUCUGCGUGCACCCAAUGCUACCGGGCUCCGGAUAGCCACCCUGACCAGGAUAAAGCAGUUGAACAUAAAUGAAGGAAUGUUAGUUCUUGGAGACCCAUUUUACAAUACAUGGUGUAGUGAUGUUCAACAUCAGCCACUGGAUGGUAGUAAUGGACCAGAAUAGAGUUUUUUUUUCUGUUCUGUUUGUGCUAUAUUUUGUUGUUGUCAAUGUUUUUUAAUGUACACUUCAACUGUCCAAUUUAAGAAACAUAUAUUUCUAUAUGUUUUGUUAAAUUUUCAUGUCUCCUUGGCAUAACUGAGAAAUAAUUAUUGGAUUUUGUCCCACUGUUGGCUAAAAAUGAACUACGUCUUAUGUCAGUUACAUAGUCUAAUUAAAAGAAGAUAAAUACUUGAAAUUAGAAUAGAAUAAAUUGAAAAAUACAUGUAAUUACAUUAGUUACUUUUUUCAAUGAAUUAAUUAAGCAAUAUUUAAUAUCUAUUAUAUCCCAUCUUACUGAUUGUGUAAAUGGUUUCAGAAUGGUUAUAAUUAAGAAAACAUUGAUUAUGUGUGGUUUCUUGCAGUAGUUCUACUCAUCCCCUACUAACUGUUAAUAGUGGGUGGUGACAUAGCAUUUUCCUAAAUCUGGCACAUGGCCUAAACAAUGCCUAUGUCCUUGUGUCUCACCCAUCAUGAAGUAUUUCAUCUAAUGUUAAUAUAAAGUUAAAAGUUCACUUUUAAAAAAAAACAUUCUUCAUGGGAUCAUUAGUAAAGAUGGUUAUUAUAUAGAAGUAAUAUUAUCCAUCUAUUACACACAUUAUACAUAAUAAAAAAAAUAAAUAAUUUAAAAAAAUAAUAAUUUUGUGGUAUUUUGUGGCAACACUGUACCGUGAAAAUAGGCCUGCUGAAUAAAUACCUAUUAUCACUGCUGUGGUACACAUGGCGUUAUGGAAUAGCUGAAGUUUGGAAGAAAGGCCAUUUCCUGAAGCUCCACUUUAUUUGUGUUUCUUUAACCAUUUCUGUGUUGAUCUGGAAGUCUAUCUGACUGUUAAAAGUUCUAUCUAUGACCUGAACCACUUGGCAGAUGCAAUCACAAUUUGGGCUGAAAUAUGUUGCAACUUGCCAAAAUUCAUGAUGCCAUCAAUCUCCGUAAGAGCCCCUGAAUCAGCUGUACAAUUCUAAAACUGAAAUCUUUAAGCUCUUUUUUUCUCUUCUUCACCAUCUUCACAUCUGCAGUGUGGAGUGACAGUGUGCGCAUGUGUCCAUUUCUUGUGUCCAAUUUCAGACGUGGAACUUUUUGUUAUUGUGUUUAGUGAUAUUUUUAUGAUUAUGUAUUAAAGAAAAAAAUCUAUUACCUGAUUUGUACAGGUCAACAACCAGCUGUCUAUUUUGUAUCGGAAGUUAUUUAUUAAUUUUCGUUUUUUUUCAAGUUUUUUUUUUCUCAAUGGUAAUGGAUGUCUAAAGGAUUUUACAUGUGUGCAACCUCAUUUAUACCCCAGGGAAACAAGCAACAAGCAAGCAACAGAGCU